UCGCAUCACCGUGGACUUAUGAGUCAAACAGCCGGAAUAUACGCAGAAGACUGUCGACUGUUGAUGACGUCAACGCGGUGUCGACAACACACGAGGACAAGAGCAGCCGCUGAUAACUCGAUUAUUGAGAGGGAUAAUAUCGACACUUUCCAUUAUGCCGAAACAGAAAACAAAGAAAUUUGCUGCAAUGAAACGGAUGAUCAGUUUGAAAGAUAAUCGCAUAAAAGAACAACAACGUUCCAAAGCAAAUGAAAAAAAGAAGAAAGACCCUUCAGAGCUGAAGGAGAGAGAAGUGCCCAAGUACCCGUCGUGCCUGUUCUUCCAGUACAACACUCAGCUUGGUCCGCCGUACCACGUUCUGAUUGAUACCAAUUUUAUCAACUUCUCAAUCAAGGCCAAACUGGACAUUGUUCAGUCUAUGAUGGACUGUCUGUAUGCCAAAUGUAUCCCUUAUAUCACAGACUGUGUGAUGGCUGAAAUUGAAAAGCUGGGAAUGAAGUACAGAGUUGCGCUCAGGAUAGCAAAGGAUCCGAGGUUUGAGCGUUUACCUUGCACACACAAAGGAACAUACGCUGAUGACUGUCUGGUCCAAAGGGUAACACAGCACAAGUGUUACAUCCUGGCUACUGUGGAUAGAGACUUGAAACGAAGGGUCAGGAAGAUCCCCGGAGUGCCCAUCAUGUACAUCUCAAACCACAGGUACAACAUUGAAAGAAUGCCUGAUGAUUAUGGUGCGCCGAGGUUUUGAUUAUUUGUACAAAAUGUCGCUGUAUAUACAUUUUACUUCCUUUAUGUACUGUACAUCAGAAUUUUUGAAUUGCAGAGGAAGUUGCAUUUAUGUCGUAUCACCUUGAGCUAUGUUUCCCAUAUAAAAGUGUCACCACUCAUUGUUAUGGAGUGUGAAUAAACGGAUUGUUGCA